AUGUGUGUCGUAUCGAUUUUUCUGAUUUUCUCCUUUCUUAUUAUUGUAGUCGUACCAUUACGUGCCAGUAUCAUUGAUAUUCCUCCGAAUGCUCGGUGGCAGCAAAAUGGUGUCACCGUUGCCGGAGGAAAUGGAACAGGCAAUGGAAUGAAUCAACUCAAUUUUCCAAUGGGUUUAUAUAUUGACGACGAACAAACCGUCUAUGUCGCUGAUCAACACAAUCAUCGUAUCGUCGAAUGGAAAGCGGGCACCACGGCUGGCAAAGUAGUUGCCGGUGGAAAUGAGCGAGGAAGUGAGGCGAAUCAGCUCUCUGCGCCUACCGAUGUCAUCGUCGACAAAGAGACGGAUAGUCUCAUCAUUUCAGACUGCUGGAAUAAACGGGUCGUUCGAUGGCCUCGUCGAAAUGGCACAAGUGGAGAAAUAAUCAUCUCCAACAUCACAUGCCUUAGUUUGACAAUGGACGAGACUGAGGCUCUCUACAUUGUUGAUGGCUGGAAACAUGAAGUGAGACGAUAUCCAAGAAGACAAUCGCAAGGAACCGUAGUUGCAGGUGGCAAUGGACAAGAAAAUCGUCUCGAUCAACUCCAUUAUCCUUGGUACGUAUUCGUUGAUCGAGAGCAUGCAGUGUACGUGUCUGAUGCUGGGAAUGUUCGUGUGGUAAAAUGGGCGAAAGAUGCAACACAAGGCACUGUGGUGGCUGGGGGCCAAGAAGAAGGAAAUGGUCUUACACAAUUGUAUUAUCCUAAAGGAGUCGUUGUCGACCGACUGGGCACUGUCUAUGUGGCUGAUGCCGGGAAUCAUCGAAUCAUGCGUUGGCCCAAAGGAGCCACACAGGGAAGUGUCAUUGUUGGUGGAAACGGUAAAGGAGGAAAAUCAAACCAACUCAAUGAUCCCGUCGGUUUGUCAUUCGAUCGACACGGAAAUCUAUAUGUCGCCGAUUACUCAAAUCAUCGUGUUCAACGCUUUGCUCUUCAAUGA